AUGGAUCCCCUAGAAAACCACUUCCUCAAGAAGUUUCUCCUUGAAAGGCAAUUGCAGAAGGAGUUGAAGUUGAUGUGGGAGAAUAUGCGAGCGGUUGAUGACCCUGAGAAGCUCCCGUUGCUCUCAUUCUUUUUUCAUGAAUACAUCUCCACAUUCCCCUUUAUCACCAACAAUACUGAACAACAACAGCAACAGUUUUGGCAGGAUGUAUUUCAGUUUGUGGAAAACUUCAAUUCAAAGAAUUUUAGCACUUCAAAUGAGAGAAACGGACUGACAAAGAGAAGUCAAGCUAAUAGGAAGCUACUUGGUGGAUUGUUGGUAUUUUACAACUCCGUCUUGAUUACAGGCAAUGAGAUGGCGUACCUCACUGAACCCCAUUUGAAAGCCUCAGAUACUGCAAAGUUGGAUAAGUUUGACUUUCAAAAGAAAAAGAACAUAACAGUUGUAGGAAUGGAUCAGUAUGAUCGAAUGAAGUUUGUCAAUGGAUUAUACAUCAACAUUGUUGCGUUGAGAAGAGUUGAAGGUGAACAGUCUUGGUUUUUUACAGCAAGUCACCAUUAUGAUUUUAUUAUCCAAGUGGUGAGAAGGGAGGAUUCCACAACUAGUUUCAUUUGCAAGAGCCAUCACCAACUAGGCCAAUUAGAACACGACUUGAAAAAGGAACUACCUGGUGUCAUGCUGACGUUGCAGACGAAACUACCACACAAGCCAAAAGAUAAUGAAAACAAGAUUGAGACAAAUAGAAUGGCCACGAGAAGCUGGCUCCGACAAUUGGCAGAAAAGAUGGAGGUGGCUGAGUCACCGGUAUUUGAAGAAUUUCUUUCCACUGAUAUCACUAAGCUAACUCACGAGGAUGAAGCAGACUACAAGCAUAGAAUAAACCACGAAAUGGAUAUUUUGAAAACUCAAAUCGAAUUUCACGACCAAACUGCAAAAGUGAUGCAGGACUUGACGCACAACUUUGAACAUUUUAAGCAAUCAAUUACCACACAGGAUGACGCUGUAAUGAGUUUAUUCAAAGAAAUUGGGUCUCUCAAGAGCAUUAAGGCAGCCUCACCACUUUUGAAGACAUUCAACGAUUGGUGCAAACUUCAACUUGCUGCCAUCGUCUAUCAAACAUUUCUUGGCCAGGAUGACUCAUAUGCGAUAUUGAAAAAGACAAAAAAAUUUCACCGGUUGUUCCCGUAUAGCUUAAUCUAUGCUAUCCUACGAUUCACAAACCCAAUGAAGAUGGUGUCGCGAAUUAUUGAUUUGCUAUUUGUAAACAUUCCUCGAUUACCCACUUGGAACAGACAAUUGGCGGAAGACUCGAAAAACACAGGUGCUAGAAACUUGUUUUCCUUGAUUCUUAUCAUGUUGUUGAAUGAGGAUUUGAAUGGAUUCGGAAAAGAAUUAUACACAUUGAAAGAGAAACUAACUGGGUAUGAGCUUUACAUGGAGAGGAUUGACAAGUAUGUGAAUUUACCAAACGAGGAGAUGGAAAAGAUUAGACAAGAACCAGGGGAAAACUUGGUGCUUACAACAUUGUCUACAAGCUUGAUUUCUCCGCCUGCUGAUGUCAGGUUAAAUGCCAUUGUGGCAUCUUUCAAAGGGGAAGAGGACACAACACUAUACCUCAACUUGAGACAAUAUUGGCUCCUUCAAAUACGCACCCGCGAUAAGCUCCUAUUUAAAGAGCUUUGGAGGCAGCCAGAGCUCAUAAAUUUGAUCAAGAGCACAGUGGACUAUUUCUACACCCCAUUGAUUAAAGUGUUUGCCAAAGCAAAGGUUCACAUUGCAUUUUCUGCUCUUGAAGGUUUGAACAACGGUAUGUUAAAAACACUAUCAUCGAUCCAGCGCAGUGAUCAUCUCAACUCUACUGAGAUCUACCAACGAAUUAAAACGGUGCUUGACAAUCACGAAGAAGUGAUUUGGAACUUCAUUCGUGAUGUUUACGUCAACGACGAUGAAAAGAUAUUCUACAAACUAAUUCUUUGGAUCGAAAGGUUUCUUAAUUUAGUAAGGUUAAAAUUUGAAAAUCAACAAGCGGUUAUGCUAGAUAUUGAAAUUGAAAAUGUCACCCCGUUGUUGAAACAACAAUUGCAUGCUAAAAUCAACGCUACAUUGGCUAAACGAAAACUAUUCAAGGAUUACCUAGAAGCAAAGAAUUCACAACGAGACGAACUAGAAAAAGAUUGGGAAAAGAUGAAUGAGGGUUUGCUUGGAGAUACAACUGCUGAUGACUUUGGGGUGAAGAGUGAGGACAUACAAGAUAUAAACAAUGUCGCUCUAGAAGAAAACAUUUUAGAAUCCAAUCAGACAAAUCUUGAAAAAGAGUUGCUAGCACGGUUAAAUGCAAUUGACAUCAACUCUGACACAUCUGAGUUGGACAAGAUAGAUAUCAGUCAAGAGGUGAAAACAACGCUACAAAGAAUUAGAAGUAGCGGUAGGUGUCUAAAUAACAACAAGUAA